UCGCGUCGGUGGGAGGAUCUUCUCUCGAUGCCCCGUUUCUCAGUCUGCACCCUCUGUGUAAAAUUAGCCAACACUGCAGCAAGAAGUGUGUGUCACGACCACCAGGACAGAGCAAGCGGGGAUUAAUACUCAUAAAAACCUCUCAUCCGGCUGUUGACAGACAUGGCAGCCAUUCGGAAGAAGCUGGUGAUCGUCGGGGAUGGAGCCUGCGGGAAAACAUGUCUCCUCAUUGUCUUCAGCAAAGACCAGUUUCCUGAGGUCUACGUCCCGACAGUGUUCGAGAACUACAUCGCUGAUAUCGAGGUUGAUGGAAAACAGGUGGAGCUGGCGUUGUGGGACACUGCGGGCCAAGAGGACUACGACAGGUUGAGGCCCCUCUCCUACCCCGACACGGACGUCAUCCUCAUGUGCUUCUCCAUCGACAGCCCAGACAGCUUAGAAAACAUCCCUGAGAAGUGGACGCCUGAGGUGAAGCACUUCUGUCCCAAUGUGCCCAUCAUCCUCGUGGGGAACAAGAAGGACCUGAGGAAUGAUGAGCACACACGGAGGGAGCUGGCCAAGAUGAAGCAGGAGCCAGUGAAGACAGAAGAAGGCAGAGACAUGGCCAGCAGGAUCCAAGCGUUCGGCUACCUGGAGUGCUCCGCCAAGACGAAGGACGGCGUGCGGGAAGUGUUCGAGAUGGCCACCAGAGCAGCGCUGCAGGUCCGCAAGCGCCCGAAGGGAAGAGGCUGCACCCUGCUGUGAGCGGUCCAACCGUCCUCCAAUCCGUCGACCAACAUGCGAAAAUCAACACGUACAAAAAAAAAGAAGAAAAAAAAAAAAGACUGACCUAUUACCAAAUGGAUCUUUGUACUGUAUCAUGUGUUUCACGACAACAGGCGGGUAGAAGAAUCGAAUGCAAACAAACCCAAUACAGGAAAUGGAUUCGGUCUGUAAUACAGCUGUGGUCAGAAAUCGAUGUUGUUGUUUUUUUUCAGUCUGUACACCUUAUUUUCAUUUUUCUCGUCUUUUUCUUCAUAUCUGUAGUGUUACAUGGCAGUGGUAGGUAGGUGCACAUAAAUGUAAUGUUGUCCUUCACUAGCUCGGUCGAGCUUCUUCGCUUGUUUAAAACCGCUUCACAGUGAGGUCCCGUCCAGACGCCCCCGUUACAUUCAUCACAGUACCCGUUGUGAUAGAGAACGAAAGUUGAGACAAACCGCAAGAGGUAGUGCCUUUUUCUUUUUUUAUGUUUUUAAGUUUCUACGCCGCCGUGUCCGUCUUGUGUUCGUCUGCCAGCUAACAUUUCACUUGUCGACCUCUCCGUUGUGCCGUAGCUCGGUUUACACAGCGCGGCCGCUGUGAAACCUGAGCGAAGCCGUAAGUAAGGCCUUCAGUGUUGGUGACAACUUGUCAAGCGCAACCUGGUGUCAUGUCUUUUUACCCGCAUGAAACAUCAGCCGUCCCUGUACAUCCUCCACAGUCAGUCCAGCCACGGUCACAUAUUGAGGACAGAGACGGGGCGUUGCUGUGAUGUGGUAAAUGGUAACAACGGAGGACGGAGCUCCCUGUCCUCUCUGCGAGAUUACUCGCAUGAACCCGUCAUUGCUGCUGAUCUGUGCAGUGGUCCUAGAUGGAAGAAUAUGACUCAACUAUGCACAAUAGCUGUUAGGACCAACGGGGGGAUGACGUAGCUGAAACAGAAAUCCCAUGGUGAAACCUCCCUUGUUUGUUUAUAGUGAGCGACUAUUAUGAGUGACUGCUAUGAGUCAACUCUUUAUUUUGCUACAGCACAAGCGAGCCGGUCACACCCGCCGUCUGAAUCUGCGUCGGAACUGGUUCGCCCAGUCAGGGGAAAGCGUGUCUCGUCGGGGCUGUCGGCCUGAUAUUUGCGUGUGGAGGCUACCGGUCAGACGGCAUGCUUUGCGUGUCUGAGAGGACCUGAGAUGUGUGUGAGGAGUUAGUUUUUCCGUGGUGCCUUCUGUGUUCUGGCGUGCCUUUGGUUGUCCCCCUCCUCCCUCUCCCCCCUCCCCUCCCAUAGACCAGAUGGACCGGCCGCUGCAUGACCAACCUGACAGGGCUUGAAAAGACAGAGGACGUCAUUAGUUUGCUGAAGUGAAUGCCAUCACGGCGUAAAGAUUAUGUCUCUGAAUGCAGCCUUAUCUCCAUUACGCUGGUAGACGAUUACAUCAGUUUACAUGGUGGAGUUUUCAAGAAUGGAUCACGGGCAAAUCCCAAAAUGGUGAUCCUCAGACUUGCUAGGAAAGCAUCCGUCAGCAGCCACGAAUAUUUAAUUUUGAGCCGUGUGAUUCUGCCAGAAAUUAUGUAAAUCUAAUACGACAGAAGUUGGCUCAUUUGUCUCGUUGGCAAGAAACUUCAACACGUGUGAAUCAAAGUGGACCAUCAAAGGUGUGCACUGAGAUGUGCUGGCUUUUUUAUUUUUUUUCUCAAAUGUCAGGGACCGUCCGCCACCCCCGAGUGUUGGCCCACGCGUCCUUUCGGAGCGCUCGAUUGUGACCUGACAUUAUAAUGGCUCGAAAAGGCGCGGCGGCUGUCCUCAGACACUCUGUUCACAUCAUUCCUUCUCUGCGCCUCUGUCGCUCAUUCAUGUGCUUUGCAUGUCUGCUCGGUGGGAUGGAGUUUGGGUUUUUGAAACACCUGUGGCCAAACAGCGUCUUUGAUGUUACGUGGCAACGUUCUCGAAACGUGAAGGCUGCAAAUGCACCAGCUGGCCGGGACUGGAUGCUCAGUCGUAAUGCCGUGUGUAAUGAAAGCCCUCUGCUGGCAAAGCAAACAGAGUCCGUUCUAAUCAUUUAACUGAGCGAGCCGGCGGAGAGGGUGAAAUUAUUAAUUCUUCAGCUCAUCAGCAUUUUCCGUUUAGUUUAGGAAGCACAGUUCACAAGCACCAUCUUAAUAUUGUUACCUCAAACCUUUGGGGGGGGGGGAUCUUUACUUUAACCAUGGAUUUUUUUGUAGACUAAAAGCACACUGAACAGAUAUUUCUUUACAAAUUUUUAUCAAUGAAAACAUAGGCCUUGUGUUAGUCACGGCAUGAUGUUCACGGGUCUUGACGGGCUCAGUGCCAAGGAAUUCUUCGGGAAUUAAGAUGUCAGCAGAUCGUGGAGUAGCUGGAAGGACGGCGCGAUAAUGAAAGCAUUCCCACAGAGCAGGUCCGGUGUUGAAGGUCUCACUCGGAGCAUGUGCUGUUCUGCCGUUAAUGUGUAUGCAGAUAACGCCCCGCUAAGUCAAAAUAGUGUCUAUAAACAAUGGUGAUGCAUGCAUGAGAAAAACACAAGUGUUCAAUGUGCACAAAAACUCUUUGGGAACAGCUUCUGCUCAGCUACUGUUGUGUAACGUAUUUUUUUUUUCUCCUUUCUUUCUCUGGAAUUAUUUGAACUUAUAAAGUAUCCAGAUUUAUAUAAAAGCUCAUUGUUAUAAUGCUUUGUAAACGGAGAGUGUUGUAGUGAAUGUUCGACCUGAACAUGAACAUUGUUAAUAAACUAUUUUUGAGAUGAGACA